AUGGCAUUCAACAGCCCUAUUCCCGGCUUCUCAGCAGAGCAAGUCCGCUCCAUUACCAAGCUCAUAGAAGACGUGCUCGACAAGGCACUCGACAAGCACUUUGGCCCACUGCCGCCACACCAAAAGCAGUCAGUCAUAAUGCCAAAGCCGGCACAGCCACCAAAGCAGGAACAAGAGCAUAGGCCAUUGCAACAGGCAAAUGUGGAGAAAAUGCGGAGAAAACUAUGGAGAAGAAUAAGAGCACGGACAGCAGCAGUCCUAUUCAAGCGGGCGCACUCUCCACAAUUCCACACCAGGCCACUAUGCAGAAUUGCGGAGAUCCUUCCCCUCGCCUCAGCAGUACUCCACUUUCUACCUCGCUUCUCGCCUCUCUUCUCGCCUCUCAACUCGCCUCUCUUCUUACUUUCGCCUCUCCGCUCGGCUACAUUCGAUUCGCGAAGGAUAUGGAGGCUAUAG